AGAGAACUGACAUUUUCGCCUAAAGCACGUGUAGAAGUUUGUUUUUGUUUAAUGUUUACAUCUUUCCAUUAAUUAAAAAUUAAAAAAUGCCUGAAAUAAGUGGCUAUAAAGUUCUUCCUAUUCGCUUAAGCGAAGAUUCUACCAAUUCUCAAGUAACUUACGUGAGGGAGCACUUCAUUCGCCAAGUGGAUCCGAAUAAACCAAAAGGACGAACACUAUUUCUUCUAAACAUCCCACCGUACGUAAGUGAAAAUGAUUUAGAAAUAUUCUUCAGUAAAAUUGGAGCAGUUAAUUCGGUUCGUUUUUCCGAUCAUCCCGGUCGUGACGAGAACAACAAAUUGGAACACACUUGCCCCUUUAGUGUCACAAGUAUUCCCUCCGUGUACAAAGUAGCAUUUGUUGUCUUCAAAAACACUGAAAGCGUAUCGAAGGCUCUGAAAUUAAGUUCAAUUGACUUAUUCGAUGAACAAACUGGAAAAACUUUGGUUGUAUCAGGAGUUCAGAAAUGGAAGAGAGAUUACAAAAAUAGUUUUCUCGAAGAGUCGAAAAUUCAGCCAAUUAUUGAUGAAUAUAUGCAAGCUUACGACAAACGUGAGAAGAAAAGACUCGAGGAAGAACGCAAUUCUGGUGCAGACAAUGAUGGCUGGAUAACAGUUGGGAAGCAAGGACGUAAUUCAGGCUUCGAGCAGAAGGAAUCCGUGAUAAAUAAAUUGGAAGACAAGAUGGAACGCAGUCGCAAAAACAAAGAAUUGAAAAACUUUUACACAUUUCAAAUUCGCGAGUCUAAAAUGCAAAAUGUUGUUAGUUUGAGAAAGAAAUUCGAGGAGGACAAAAAUAAGAUUGAAAUUUUGAAGAAGAAAAGGCGUUUUAAGCCGUUUUAGAUAAGACGGAGCGUUUAAAUAAAGUAUGUUAUCUACAUUUA